UAUUCGAUUGUGUUCGACGUAAAACAUUUACAAACAUCAUACAAACACAUCAAACUAUACAAUGGAAAUAUAUAAUGAAAUUGCAAAAAAUUAUUUGAUAUGCUUACACUAGGUGUAAGAGUUGUACGAGGACCUAAUUGGGCCUGGCAAAAUCAAGAUGGUGGAGAAGGUUAUGUUGGAACCGUAUGUGAAGUUGGACGACCAGGAAGAGAUUCCCCCGAUAAAACAGUGGUCGUACAAUGGGAUUCAGGUGGUCGUACUAAUUAUCGGACUGGUUACCAAGGACAAUUCGAUUUACGUGUGAUUGACAAUGCUCAAAUAGGAGUGAAACAUCCAAAUAUUAUCUGUGAUGGAUGCAAGAAACAUGGAAUCGCCGGUAUGCGAUUCCAAUGUAAACGAUGUACUGAUUAUGAUUUAUGUUCCUUAUGUUAUCAUGCUGAUAAACACGAUUUAACGCAUCCGUUUCAAAGAUUCGAUUCUGCGUCAGCUCAGGGAAUGGAAUUACCCAUACGUAAAAAUGCAACGAAAUGUUACUUACGUGGAAUAUUUGUUGGAGCGAUUGUUGUCCGUGGUCAUGAUUGGGAAUGGGGAGUUCAAGAUGGCGGUGAAGGUAAAACCGGUCGUGUUAUGGAUAUCCAAGGUUGGGAUAACGAGAGUGCACGUUCUGUAGUGAAUGUAAAAUGGUCGUCAGGCUCGAUAAAUGUUUAUCGAUUGGGUCAUAAGGGUAAAUGUGAUUUGAAGUUUAUACAAGAAGCUUCGGGUGGUUAUUAUUACCGUGAUCAUAUACCAAUAUUGGGCGAACAACAUGAAGUACCAGUCACAAUUCGUCCGGUUACAAUUAAUAAUAAAAGUGUAAAUACACAAUUUAGUGUUGGUGAUAAAGUUUUGGUGAAUGUUACUGUUGAAGAGUUGAAAGCUUUGCAGCAGGGUCAUGGUGGAUGGAAUCAAAGAAUGGCUGAAUACAUUGGUAAAAAAGGCACAGUCCAUAGAGUUACUGUUCGAGGUGAUAUUCGAGUUCAACAUGAAGGAUGUAAUAAUCGAUGGACCUAUAAUCCAGCGGCUCUAACAAAAAUAACAUCAUUUUCGGUAGGCGAUAUAGUUUGUGUAAUUAACGAUAUGGAACGAGUUAAAGAAUUACAAAAAGGUCAUGGAGAAUGGAUUGAUAUUAUGAAAAAUGCAUUAGGUAAAUUAGGUAAAGUUAUUAAGGUGUAUGGAGAUGGAGAUUUAAGAAUUCAGCUAGAUGGAACCGCAUGGACGUUGAAUCCAGCAUGUGUUCGAUUAUUACCAGGAUCGGCAACUGAAUUAUCGAAUACAAUGCAAGCAGAUCAAAAUCAACGGACUGAACCAUCAAUGUCAUGGUUACCAGGUUCUAGUGGGGAAGGUGAACCUGGCGUAGGUUCUGGCUUAGCAGAUCGGCUAGUACGAGAUGCUGCUCAUGGAAAAUUAGAAGCUAUAAAACGUACGUUAGAAACAUUAGUUGAUACACCUGGUUUAAGCCCUGACAUGCGUAGCGGAGGCCGAACUGCUUUACAAGUAGCAGCCCAUCAAGGACAUGUUGCUGUGGCUAAAUUAUUAUUGAAGUUUGGUGCUGAUGUGAAUGCAGCUGAUACAGAUGGGGAUACCACAUUACAUUACGCAGCUUUUGGAAAUCAACCAGAAAUUAUUUCAUUGUUGUUGGAUAGUAAAGCUAAUAUUAAUGCUUUAAAUAAAGGCCUUUGCUCUGCGUUGCAUAUCGCUGCUCAUAAACAACCCGCUCAUUGUGUGAAUGUGUUACUUAGUCGAGGAGCUGAUGUCAAUUUACAAGAUUUGUAUGGAGAUACGGCUUUGCAUGAUGCUAUCGGAAAAGAAAGUAAUGAAGUUAUUGAAAUGUUAUGCAAUACACCAGGAAUUGAUUUUACGGUACGAAAUAAACGUGGUUUUAAUGUAUUACAUCAUGCUUCGCUAAAAGGUAUAAAUUUUGCAACAAAAACAUUGUUGGCUAAAACACGACAGCUGGUGAAUGUGAAAAAAGAUGAUGGUUUCUCAGCGUUACAUUUAGCGGCAUUAAAUGGACAUCGUGAUGUUGUAGAAACAUUAAUACGUAUUGGACAGGCUGAUAUUGAUUUACGUAAUAAUCGGAAUCAAACUGCUUUACUUUUAGCUGUUAGUCAAGGUCAUUGUAGUGUAAUCGAAUUAUUAAUAAACCUCCAAUCCAACGUGAAUGUACAAGACGAAGAUGGUGACACCGCAUUACAUCUUGUCAUCAUAAAACGUGCGAAUUUAAUAACCGAAGUACAACAUUCAACUUCACCGGCCAUCUACGAAAUCUACGAAGAAUUGCAGCAUGUUACCGAACAUCGCUUAGCUGUAGCGAUUGCAUGUUAUUUAGUUCGAGUCGGUUGUAAUUGGGAGAUAUUAAAUUCUAAAUCACAAACAGCAUUAGAUUUACUACAAGAUCCAAUUAAAUGUGAUAUUAUUAAAUCGUAUAAGCGUGAUCCAAAUAAUUUAAUAAAUAAUACGAAUAAUAUAACGAAUCAUGGUUCAACAUCGACGUCAGCGACUACAACAAGUUCGACAACGAUUACAAUACCAAAUACAGAUUCAAAUCGUCAAAAUGAGGAUAUUUUAGCUAGGGAAACGAGUAGUUUAACGUUGACUGAUGAAUAUGGUUCUAAUAAUAAGCAAAUUUUACAACAUAGAAGAAACACAUCGGAAGGAUUAAACGUCACCGUUGAAUGUAGUCCAAUCAAACAAAAUUUACGUCGUGAUAAAUCAACAGAACGUAGCAGUAGUGCAAACGGUAGUCGAAGUAAUCGUACACCAAAUGUAUCAACCACAACGGAUGAACGUAAUAAUAAACAUCAUUCACGUGAUAAUUCAGCACAACGGAACAAUAGUGACGAUCCGCCACAACAUCCACAAUCGAAAAAACCUGUUGAAUGUCAAAUAUGUUCCGAUUUAUCAGAAGAAAAUGUAACAUUAGAGCCGUGUGGGCAUAAACCAGCAUGUGAAGAUUGUGUGGCACGAUUAAAGAAAUGUUUACGAUGUGGUACAAUUGUACAAAAACGUGUUACGAAAGAUGGUCGUGUUAUUCCACCACAAUCGAAACAACCUAGUGCUGAACGGAUGCGGUAUUUGGAAUGCAAGGUAGCAGAAAUUGAAGAAACUCAUGGUUGUGGAAUAUGUAUGGAACGUAGACGUAACAUUGUAUUUUUAUGCGGUCAUGGUGCAUGUAGUCGAUGUGCCAACACAUUAAAAAUCUGUCACAUGUGUCGUAAAACUAUUACAAGAAAGAUACCAAUAUAUUAAGUAGUAUGUAAAUUAUUAACUAUUAUUAUGUUUUUAGUAGAAGUUAAUUAAUGA